AUGGCUGAGUUCCAAUUCGAAUUCAAUCUCGAAGAGAAAUCAUGGCACCUCCUCGCUCUCCUCCUCCGAAUACGACACCCCGUCUAUCCUCAGCACCUCGCGGCACAUUGCCUUUUAUUCGCUGCCUCGGCGGACUUCGUCUGCCACGUCAGCUCUCUUCCCGGUUCACCGCUCACCCUCACCGACAAUGGACUUGUGAUGCCAUCCGUUGAAGCAUUCUUUUCCCUUGGAAGCUUCUUCUCUUUCCAUGUGUCCGAACCGCAACCACACCGUUUCAGGAAACGCAAACUCUUUGACUCGGUAGAAGUAGAUGGUAUAGAGCGUAAGAGAUUAGCCAUUCGAAAUGGAGUUCGGGAAAUGUCGUUCCAGAGUUUCGCUGAUGCUGUAGAGGCUAUGGUGAGAAGGAAUUUCCCUGUAAUAAAAUUUGAAUCACAGAAUAUAGGUAGCGGGAAUUUUGUAUUCCCCUUGCGUGUUGAUAAAAAUGAAGUGUGUUCAGGUUGUCCAAUACCAAAUUUUAAACAUAGGGAAGCCAAUAGUGAUGCCAGCCCAACCAUAUCUAAUGAGGAGGUUUGUAAAUCAAUUAUCAAAGACUUCAGCGGUCCAAAGCUAGCGGACAAUAAGAGAUUCAUGGCAGGUAGUCUGUUUGUUGACCGUGCUCUCUUAGAUCCAUCAGAAUGCAAAGACGGCAUUGUGAAUAAAAGCCUUGGAUUCGAGAAGAAAAUAGAUUAUUUUGAUACGUUUACACAUGACUGUGCUGAACUAAACAGUAUUCAUGACGUGAAUGAAGGUGGUAUUAGUAAAAGUCAUGCUUGCAAAAAUCUACCAAGAAAACUUAAGGAAGAUGAUGAGAUGCAAAGUGGUUCAACGAAGGGGCUGAUUGAUGCUGGCACGAAUAGAGGCAAUGAAGAUGUUACUCCGAUGGUCAAUGCUGCACUCUGUGGAGAAGAAUUGACGACUAAUGGUUACAAAAAGAAGACCCCUGUCCAUGCAAUAAAUUUGGAAAAAAAGGAGAGUGAGAGAAACACAAUAACUUAUAAUAUAGCUAAUUCCUCUUCAAAUCCAAAGCGUCUUUUGAAACCUUCUAGCAUACUAAAGGGAGGACUGAAGAAUGAUCUACACCCUGAGUCACAAAUUCUUAAAGAGUCACUAGCCUGCAAUAAAUGUAGUAACGUUCCUAAAAUUGUUGAUCAAUCUAAAAUUGAUCAGAAACUUACAACGAGAAAGCAAAAUCAUAAAGAGAACAUGGCAGAAAACAUUUCCGCUACUAUGCAGGUAGAGAAAAAAGCUUAUCCAUCAUUUGAAGCUUUCACAGUAGAGGAAGAAGAAGGUUCAGGCGGUUAUGGCACUGUUUACCGUGCUCAAAGAACUACUGAUGGAAAACGGGUUGCAAUAAAAUGUCCUCAUAGUAAUGCUCAUAAAAACCAUGUAACUACUGAAAGGAAUAUGCUCCAGCGUUUUGGUGGUAAAAGCUUCAUAAUAAGGUAUGAAGGUUCUUUAAAAAAUGGCAACAACGACUGCUUUGUUUUAGAGCAUGUUGAGCAUGACAGACCUGAGGUUUUGAAAAAAGAAAUUGAUAUAGUCCAGCUUCAAUGGUACGGGUAUUGCAUGUUCAGGGCCCUCUAUUGCUUGCACAAAGAGGGAGUUGUUCACAGAGACGUUAAACCAGGAAAUUUCCUUUUCUCUCGAAAGCUAAGCAAAGGCUACCUUAUUGAUUUCAACCUUGCCCUGGAUUUAAAGCAGAAGAACAACGUUGGAAGUAAAUCCAAACCAAGCGUGGUUGCAUCAUCCAAUCAUGUUUCUCUCUCUUCUGGCUCUGCCCCUUUGGUCCGAGACAAGAACCUUGGGCGCAGCAAGUCUUUAACAUCCAAUAAAAGGACUUUGGCAGAUUAUAAGAAUUAUUCUGAACUUAAUAGGCAUGUAAAGCAAAAGGCUUAUACUGGCCCUCUUAAAAGUUGUCCUGACAAGGCUGGUGGUAGUUUUCUUAGAGCACAAGGAACAGACGGCUCUGGUAUAACUUCUGCGAGAGAUGCUAGCACUAAGACUGCUUCUGCAGAGAGGCUCAGGGAACCUUUACCAUCCCAUGGAAGAAAGGAGCUUAUCAGCUUUGUGAAUACUAUGAAAUGUGCUAACAACAGUUCAACAAUAGGUCCUUCUUCUCAAAGGAAAAGGGUUACUGCUCCCUCAAGCAGGGUAGAUGGCAAGAUUUUUCAUAUUACCCCGAUGCCUAUGCAUUCAUCUACUAAUUGUGCGGGAUUAUUGAGAAUCAAAGGAGAUGGAAAACAGAAAAAAGAAGGUUCAUGUGUUGGAACCAAAGGAUUCCGUGCUCCGGAGGUUUUGUUAAGAUCGCAGCAUCAGGGACAUAAGAUUGAUAUUUGGUCAGCUGGGGUCACUCUACUCUACAUGGUGAUCGGGAAGACUCCUUUCACUGGCGACCCAGAACAGAAUAUAAAAGAAAUUGUUAAAUUGCGGGGCAGUGAAGAGUUUUGGGAAGUGGCCAAGCUACAUGACCGUGAAGUGUCUUUUCCUGUGGAGUUACUUGAUGAGCGAUACUUGCAGUCAUGGGAAUUGGAAGCCUGGUGCAAAACUCACACAAAGAGACCAGAGUUUCUUGAGCAGAUCCCGAAAUCGUUUUUUGACUUGAUCGACAAGUGUCUGACUGUUAACCCAAGAAAUAGACUUAGUGCUGACGAUGUUCUAAGACAUCAAUUCUUUGACUCAGUUACUGAGUCUCUGCGGAAGCAAAGGAUGAUGCAUCGAUCUAUCAGAUCAGAGGCUGCAGCUUCUUUAGCAAUCUGA